CAUUGUUAUUGUUUAUUACAUAAGCUCUUCUCUUUGUUCUUUUUAAAAGAUUCUUCUUCCUUUUUCUUCUUUUCUUCUUCUCCCUCCUUCUUCUCCGUUGAGCAGUUCAUAUUCAGAUCUUUGUGUGUAAUUGGGUUUCAAAAUUUGGAAUCUGGAGAUCUAAAGUUGAAAUUUUUAUUGGAAUCUGUUAGAAAGUGUUAGUCUUUCAAUUGAAUUCGUCUCUCUGUUUCAUUCUCCUGAUAAAGGCUCUGUUUUUGAAUCUGAUAUUCUAUGGUUGAAGAUCAUACCUAUCUGUUAUCAAGAGUCUUCUCAUCUUCUCGUCCCUCAGAAUCAAACUGGGAUCGCAUGUAUCCACCACAAGAAGAAGAUUCCUCUGCAUCUAACCUCAAAACCGGCAAAAGAGCUUUAGAUGACGAUGAGCUCAAAGACGCUCUCAGACAUACCAAAUCUCGCAAACUGACUGAUGAUGACUCACUCAUCAACGACAUCAUCGGCAGAGACAUUUCCAUCAGCUGUCUGAUUCGCUGCUCCCGGUCCGACUACGCCUCAAUCGCUUCUCUAAACCGGAGUUUCCGGUCUCUGGUUAAGUCCGGAGCCAUUUACAAGCUCCGGAGACAGAACCGGAUCAUCGAGCACUGGGUCUACUUCUCCUGCCAGCUCCUUGAAUGGGUUGCCUUCGACCCUGUGGAAAGAAGAUGGAUGAAUCUCCCGACGAUGCGUUCAGGCGAUACCUUCAUGUGCACGGAUAAAGAGUCACUCGCUGUCGGAACAGACUUGCUUGUCCUAGGCAAAGACGACGGCUCUUCUCACGUUGUGUAUAGAUACAGCCUCUUGACUAACUCUUGGUCUCCCGGCAAGAAGAUGAACUCUCCGAGGUGUUUGUUCGGGUCGGCGAGCUUAGGAGAGAUUGCCAUCUUCGCCGGUGGUUGUGACUCUCUAGGUAAGAUCAGUGACGUUGCGGAGAUGUAUAACUCUGAGCUUCAGACGUGGACUACGCUUCCCAAGAUGAACAAGCCGAGGAAGAUGUGUUCCGGUGUCUUCAUGGAUGGGAAGUUCUAUGUGAUUGGAGGGGUCGGCGGCGGCGAGGAGUACGAUUUAGCGGCCAAGAAAUGGACUGAGAUACCGGAGAUGUCGCCGCCGAGGAGCAGGGAGAUGCCGGCGUCAGCGGAAGCGCCGCCUCUCGUUGCGGUUGUGAACAAUGAGCUGUAUGCUGCGGAUCAUGCUGGUAUGGUGGUGAGGAAGUAUGAUAAAGGGAGUAAGAAGUGGUUUACGUUAGGGAGGUUGCCUGAGAGAGCUGGUUCGGUUAAUGGUUGGGGGUUGGCGUUUAGAGCUUGUGGUGAGAGGUUGAUUGUGAUUGGUGGGCCUAAGAGCUCAGGUGGAGGGUUCAUUGAGCUGAACUCUUGGAUACCAACUAGUGGUGGAAGCCCUCCUGUGUGGACACUGCUUGAUAGGAAACAUUCGUCUAAUUUUGUUUACAAUUGUGCAGUGAUGGGUUGCUGACAAAAGUUUUGCAAAUUGAAAAUCAAAGAUUCUUGGCUGCUUGGAGGAGGUUGAAAGUGGCAUGCAGCCUUUUCUUAUUUAUUUGGCUAUACAAUUUAAUUCAGUUUCGGUACAAUGGUCAGGGUCUUUGGUGCAAGGAACCGAAACAAGUUUUACAAUAAGUUGGUGGAGAAAGUUGAGUCUUUCAGUUCUGUUAAAAAUUGUUGAAUUUGUUUUCUGAAUACAAUAUUUUUGUUAUGUCUUGGAAAUAUUUAUGUAUCAUUCAUUCUUUACAAAAAAAUGUAUUUAUGUUUUAUG